AUGGCCAACCCCGUGCAGCCUCAGUUUCCCCCCGCGCGGGAGCCGGGCGCUGCCUCGCCCCUGGACCUGCCCGAGAUGGAGAUGCUCCUCAGCAAGGUGGAGGACAAGGGGGACAAGUCCCUGAAGCUGCCCAAGUCCCUUUCAGGGGCUCUGGACCUGGAGCAGAACGGCCACGGGCUGCCCUUCAAGGUGGUAUCCGAGGGGCAUCGGGAGGCCUCCCUGCCCCGGUCGCCCUCUCGUGCCAGCUCCAGGCGGGCGUCCUCCACUGCCACCGCCUCCUAUGCCCAGGACCAAGAAGCCCCCAAAGAUUACCUCAUCCUUGCCAUCGCCUCCUGCUUCUGCCCCGUCUGGCCCCUCAACCUCAUCCCCCUCAUCUUUUCUAUCAUGUCUCGAAGUAGCGUGCAGCAGGGGGACAUAGACGGGGCCCGGAGGCUGGGCCGCCUGGCCCGGCUGCUCAGCAUCACCUUCAUCAUCAUGGGGAUCAUCAUCAUCAUUGUGGCCGUGACCGUUAACUUUGCAGUCCAGAAGAAUUAGAGACGGGACCAGGGCUCGGCCAGCAGAGGCAGCCCUGGCCAGCUGGCGUUCCCACCCCACCCCCUCACCCCACGGAGGACAGGACGGGGGCUGCCAAGGGCCCACCUGUCCCCAGGCUCCAAAAGCAUGAACUCAGAGGGACCUUCUGUCACUCCUUUGCCGUCCACAUCAGAUGGGAAAAGCCAGAGGAAGGAAGGAAGGAAGGAAGGAAAAGAAGGAAGGAAGGAAGGAAGGAAGGAAGGAAGGAAAAUGGACUUGAACCAGUGAAUAAUGUGGUUUAACCUCAUGGACACAGCCUGGCAUUUGCCCCCCCGUGUUCUGGCUUCUUCCUCAUCCCCACACUUUCCUGGCAUCUACCAAGCAGCGUAUACUGCCAGCAGGAGCAGAAACCAGCCGCAGGAGCCAGGAGCCGUGGUGGGAGAGAGCAGCCCACGCCCCGCAGGGCCAGGCGCAGAGUCACGGGACUUUCUGGAUCUUUGUGUUUUUCUCGAGGAGGGAUAGAGAGGACUGUUUGCACGCGUGCGCCACAUGCCUGCUGCGAUCCCGGCCGUGCCCUGACCUCAGAGGCCGAGGGAUGCUCAGCACACGGACCACAGCCGCCCUGGAUGGAGGCGACAACCACACCCCCUCCCCCGCCCCUAUUGCAGGGUGGAGGCGCUGAAAGGAAUGUUGGUGAAGACGGGAACAGGGACAGCGCGACACAGACCUCUUCCCGAACUUUUUCUGCCGGGAACUAUGGUCCCAGCGGGUCUCCCAGGAUGCCCCAGUCCACCUCCCGCCCCUCCCUGUGCUGAUGCCCGGGGCACCAACCAAGAACUCCUAGGGCCUAACUGCCAGCUGGUGAGGACCCCGGGCCCGAGCUUCCUCCUGCCAUGGCCGCCCCCUGGUCUGGGGUACAAACUUGGGGCCCCGUACAGAGCAGCUCAGAUGGGGCAUGUUCCCCUCUGCCCCUGGCCAUCCACAAACAGCUGAGGCUCUGCCUGGAGGAGGCUUUGGGACCCCCCCUGGGGGGCACUUCCCAAGGGCUCCUGGCCGUUGGCAGUGUGUGUGCUCCCUGUAGGGAAGUGGGCCAGAGCGUUUUUAUGAAGGUUUAGUGUUUCUUGGCCUAGAGAAUCCCAAGACAGAGGGAAGAGCUGGGCUGAAGGGCCCGUCUGUGGGAGAGGCGGGGCUGGACACCAUGGCCCCUGGGCCGCCUGCCUGGCUUUUGGCCCCAGAUUCUCCCCCAAAUUCCGUGCCCCCCUUCCCCACUGGCUUUGGCUCCCAGACUCUGGGAGAGGGAUGUACCAGGCCUUCCCGCCUGGGGGCCCUGCCCAGCAGCCAGGGUCACUGUGCUCAGUGGAGGGCAGGUUCCUAGCCGCAGCCAGACUGGCCCCCGGUUGGCCAAGAAUGUUCCCCUGAGCCUGUUCACAAUGCUUAUGCUCCUCUUGGGACCCCUGCCAGCCUCCCACCCUCCGCAUGGCCCUGGGAGGGCGUCUGUUGGCCUAGACUCUGUCUGCCAGGGCAGCUCUGGGUCCUGAGCGCAGGCCAACCCAAGUGACCGCCAGGAGGGGAGGGCGCAGGCCCGGGAUCCCUCGGGGGAGGCUUUGCUGAGUCAGCCCCCCGCCAGGAAAUCAGCUCCAGCCUCUCCCCGCCCUAAAGGAGAGCUGGUUGUGUUUGCUUUAUGGGAACUUUGAGGCCAAAAGAGAGAUGCCCUGG